AUGGAGGAGCCAUCUGAAGGCGUAAAAAAUAACAGGUAUGAAUAUUUAGAUGCUAGCCACUUGGAAAUGCUGGACCUGAACAAGAACAUUCAGCACAUCCUACCCAAGCCCGUGAAGCCAUCCUUAAACUUGGAAAACCUGUGCAAGGAGACGAGUGCCAUACUGAGGAAUAGUAGAAGGGCCAAGGGCGCCGAGCUGCACCCCCUCUCGCAGCAGCAGCAACAGCAUCAGCAACCGUGGCAACCGCACCACUUGCAACAGGCGCUCUACCCGCAGCAACCGCAUCAGCCGGGACCAGAGCAUAAAAACGUAAAAAACCUGUAUGAACUGGGGCUGCCCCAAAUCAUAGGUACGUACAUUCAGCCACUAAGCAAAAAUAACGACGGCUUAAACAGUGAAAGAAAAAACUUAUAUGGACUGCCGUCUUAUCUAAUCCCUGAGGACAAACCUAAAAGCUUGACAGUCACGGUUGUGCCUAAUAAGGACAAGGACCUUUUAGAGAGGGAGGCAAAGCAGUUGAAGUUAUUGCUAGACAGUUCUUCUCAAGGCAUUGUUAACUCUACCCCCGAUUAUCAAAAAAUUAUUUCCUCCUCCAUGCUGUCCAACAGUGAUGAUGGGAAUGCCAGCGGGGGGAGCCGCUACAACUGCGGAGAUAAUGGCAGUCUCAAGAAUGGACACAACGACAUAGAGAGCGACUUCAGCUUUGGAAGGAAUGAAGACGUUAGAGACGAAUUUUCUGGCGAACAAGGCGCGGAAAAUAAUAACAACGACUCCUUUUUUAAUGAGUUAUAUGAUGCCAAUAAUUUCACACCUUACGGAAAAGCGAACGAAGGGGGGGUCAGCGACACACGUGGUGAUCACGAACAGGGUUAUCACUUACAAUUAAACGAGAAGCAUCACGAUAGGGCGAAUAGAAAGGCGAUUUAUAAAGGAAGGAGCAUUAAUAGCGCACUGAAUAAUGGGUCGGACAAAAUUAGUGCAUUGGAGAGGAAGGAAGAAAAUGGACCAGGUGGACAUAGACAAAGCGAACAAGGGGAAGAUAAUCAUAACUCGCCUGACGGGGUCAAGAGACAGGUGAAGAAGGCUUCUCCAUCCCCAUCGAAAAGAACCCUGCUAGCUAAAAAAAAAGAACACAGUGACACUCCCUUGAAGAACCUUGAACCAUCCACCUGCUUUAGAAAUCCCAAAACGUAUGUAAAUAUACGUUUAGGGAAGCCCAAAAAGUUUUAUGUCACCAACAGUUCUGACCCUAUCGAUAAAAAACUGAAGGAUUGGCACAACACGCAUAAUAGCCAAGUAGGCUGGAAGAAAAGCCGAAGAGGUGUUUACACCUUCGGGAGAACGGAAGUUGUUCUAAGUUUGGUUCACGACAAAAUUAUCGUUAAAAAGAUUAACGGCAAAUACUUGAAGGAUAAUUUGUUGAGUGUCGAAAAGUUCGUCUCGCUGAAUGAGUUGUUUGAGCUCCAUCGCGAGCAAACUGAUAAUCUGCUGAAGAGGAGAGCGGCCCAAAAUUUCCUGUUUUAA